CUGUCACUACACAAAAAAAAACAAUACAUCAAAAACUUAAAAAACUGUGAUUUCAGUUUAUUAAUUUUAUUAACUUAUUUACUUAUUUGCUCGGCAUUUUAUCCGGCAGGUCAUAUUAGUUACAAUGAUAACACUGUAUGUCAAUAAUGGAGUUGCCUAUGUGUGGAAUUCAGAAGAUUGGUAUAUUCUACGGUCAAAACAUCGCAUAUGCGGAUCUUUGAUUGGUUCAGUAGCAUCAUUUCCUCGUCAAAAUGAUUUUAAUGGUUUACCCAUGGCUCUUAUGUCGGAGGAGGCAGCCUUACUCGUAAACAAUAAUAUUUGUGAACUAGUUGAAUUGCCACAACUAUGUGAUAAGCCAUCGGAAAGUGUCAAAAAAGAAUUUACAGAAUGUGAACAAAGGGUAAAAGAAGAACAAACUGAGGAUUUGAGAAAACGAAAAAUUGAACAAAUGAAACAAAAAAUACAUUUGAUAGUUGCUGGUAAAAAGCAAAAAUUAGCAGCUAAGGGAAUAACAGAUGUUGAAUUAGACCAUCAGACAUUAUUACAAGAGGAGAUUGAUAAGUUGCCUAAAGUGGCAGCUGCUCACCUUCUAGUACACCUUCCCACUGAACAUUUUAUAAGCACAGAUAAAAAGCAUGUCUCUCUAGACAUGUUGAAACCUAGUGUUGUGGAUGUAGAAGGUGCCUUGCGCUGCUCUGUGUUUAGUGAUCUCUGGAGGAAGGGUCAUUACAUUACCAGUGGCUCUAAAUUUGGAUGUGAUUACUUAGUAUAUCCAGGAGAUCCUGUGAGGUUCCAUGCCAGUUAUAUGGUGCGCUGUAUACAUGACCACCAGACUGCUUUUCGUCCUGCAAACAUAGUGGCUUUUGGAAGAUUGUCAGUAGCUGUUAAUAAAAUGGCUGUGUUUGCAUUCUGUACUAGCAAUGGAAAUGUUGAUUAUCAAACACUACAAUGGCAUGAUAAUGUUGUAAAUGGAUAAAAUUGGAGUUUAUUUUAAUCAAUUAUCCCCUAUUAGUCAUUUAUCUUGUUUUGAAGAAGGUACUUGGGUUUGAUGCAUAAGUAGGUAAUUAGGGCGCACUAUUCUGUCUCGAAUCAAGUAGUUUUUAAAAUUUUUGAAACGAGUAGGUACCUAAAUUACAAGAUACUGUAGAUGUUUUGCAGAUAAUGGGGUUUAAAGCAUCUGUUUAUGCUAUUGCUUUUACCACGGCUUUUUAAAGCCGGGCUUUUACAGACUGAAAGCUUCACCUUCAGAGCCACU